AUGAUUCCAAAAACAUUAAUUAAAUUUUAAGAUGAUCUUUUAUCAAAAUCAGAAAUUCCAGUUAUUUAAAUUAAUCUUCCUGACAUGAUUAAAUGUUAAUCUAAGUUAUAUAUUUUAUUUAUUAAUUAUUAGAUCUUAUUAUGAAGAAUAAUUGAAGGACAUUUUAGAAGAUGGGUCUGAUUAAUUUGAGGAGAUUGCUAAUAUAAUCUCAGAGUUAAGAUAAAAUAUAAAGAAAGACUUUAAUUAUCUAUCAAUCCAUUAAUAAAAAUAGGAGCAAGAAAGUUAAUAAAAUGAGGAGGAAGCAGUUUAGAAUAAUGAUGGAUAUGCACUUUCAGAUCAAGAGAUGUGA